ACGAGAAAACGCGAUGAAAAAAGAGAAGCGGAAUCGCUCUGGGACAAAGAUUGACAGCUUGGCAGACAGUAGGCGAAGUUUGGGACGCGACUGGAGCCUGCGGAUCUGCUACCGCACCGCUCAUGCAAAAGACAUAGGCGUGAAAGAAAGGCGCGUAUUGCAGAUGCCCCUUGCAAAGUAGGACAGCAUCCAGGGCGUCUGUCCCUUCGCCACGUUACUGGAUCAUUCACCUAGAAAAGAAGGACGCUGAGCUGAAACAAGCGUCGUCCAUUUAGUUAGGUUUUUUAACAGUUUUUUUCCUUCUGUAAUACAGGUACCGCGCACGUUUACCUUGCCUACCAUAAGGUUUUUUUCGUGCUUUUAUCUUUUUUAUAUUUCAGAUGAACAAGAUCACUGGCAUUAUCUUUAAAUCGCAUGUGCUACGCUGAAUUUAGCGUCUUUUAACAGUUUUUUAAAUGUGGGUUAUCAUUUUCAGUCUUGUAUAUACAACACAGAUGCGUGAAUAGAAAAUGCCCUUUAAAUGAAGUUAUGCCCUCAACGGGAAACAAGCGAGGGGAAAUAAUGACAGAAAACUGAAACUGAAGUGGCAUAAGUGCGUUUCGUCGGUGUUCCGUGCCGUCUGCCUUUCUGCCGGACCUGCUACAUGCGGCACACAGUUAUGUGGACAAAUCAUUUCUGUCUGAGGUAUUUAGCUGGUAUGCAGGCAUAAGGGAUUAUCAAAGAGGGGAAGUUAAAAAGGGGGAAAAAUCGAGAGAGAAGAGACGCUUCUCCAUCGCCACAGCAGCGGCGGGCAGAUGUUCCUGGAGGAUGAUAAAUGACCGAUGGGGAACCAUGAACAGCGUUUCUGAACUCGAGGAUGGACAGCGGAAUAAAAGCCAGAAAUUCGGGGAUUGUGUGCCUAACUCUGGCAGGCUGAAGCAUCGCUGGUCAGAGUCGGACACAGUCAAGCAGACGGCACCGGAGCGGUCAGGUUGCAGUUACCUCCUGUGCACCAUCUUGCUCUUCGUGGCCGUGCUCCUGGCAGUCACAGUCACGGGCACCAUCCUCCUCAUGAACCAUUACCAUAACCCACCUGCAGCUGACAGCCCCCAUGUCAGCACCAAUCAGAAUGAAGGCAACGCCCUGGUGACGGUUGACCGGGGAGACGGCUCACGCAUCAACAUCUUCAUAGACCCUAACUGCCCGGACUACAACAGUAAUUUCUUGCGCCUGGAAGGUGUGCAGACCUCACUGCUGCAUUCGCUCACUGACCACGACUCGGACCUCAAGUCGGUCAAGGGCCAGGACCACGCACUGCUGCUUAAUCUGGCUGAGGAGGUGGCCAAACUCUCUGCCCAUGCAGGCCAGUUAAAGAUGGACUAUGAGUCACUGCGGCGCGGUCAGGGAAACCUCGGACAGGAGCUGAAUACCCUGCAGACAGAGCAGGGCCGCCUCAUCCAGCUGCUUUCCGAGAGCCAGAUCAACAUGGUGAAGGUGGUGAAUUCUGUGAGCGACGCCCUCAGCUCCAUGCAGAAGGAGACGGGCGUCAUCAAGACCCGGCUGAAGGCGGACCUGCAGAGGGCCCCAGUGCGUGGAGCCCGCCUUAAAGGCUGUGCCAAUGGCUCCAGGCCCCGAGAUUGCAGUGACAUCUACGCCAGCGGACAGAGGGAGGAUGGCAUUUACUCUGUGUUUCCCACACAUUUACCCUCUGGCUUCCAGGUCUUCUGUGACAUGACCACAGCUGGGGGAGGCUGGACGGUUAUUCAGCGCAGAGAAGAUGGAUCAGUUGACUUCUUUCGGGGAUGGGAUGCCUACCGUGAAGGCUUUGGGAAGAUCACGGGAGAACACUGGCUAGGUAUGAAGCAAAUCCAUGCUUUAAGUAUCCAGGCCAACUACGAGCUGCGCAUUGACCUGGAAGACUUUGAGAACAGUACCGCUUAUGCACAUUACGGCACCUUUGGAGUGGGCCUGUUCUCAGUGGAUCCAGAUGAUGAUGGAUAUCCACUCACAGUUGCUGACUACUCUGGCACUGCAGGUGAUUCUUUGCUGAAGCACAAUGGAAUGAAGUUUACCACCAAAGACCAGGAUAACGACCACUCUGAUAAUAACUGUGCCUCAUUCUACCGUGGCGCCUGGUGGUAUCGCAACUGCCACACGUCCAACCUGAACGGACAGUACCUGAAGGGUCAGCACACGUCGUACGCCGAUGGCAUCGAGUGGUCCUCUUGGACCGGCUGGCAGUACUCGCUCAAGUUUACUGAGAUGAAGAUCCGUCCCACCAGAGAGGAGAACAAAUGACAGGGUAGAGGAAAAAUACAAAAUGGGAAAAGAAAUUGACUACUAGGUCAUAGAUAUCUACAGUAAGAGCUUUUUUUUCUCCAGUGACAAGAACUAAUUGGUUUAGUAUUCUUCUCUCUAAUUCCUGUGGAACUAACUCAUUAUUCAAACCAUUCUCUUUUAAUAGCUGUACGGUAAUCCUUUCCAAAUCCCAUGAACCAUUUUUAGUGUUGCACUGAUCUGAUUGAAGCCCACAGGGCUGUACAGAGAUUUGUGUCUCUCUCCUGACUGGGUUUUCUGACGCCAUUGCUUACUGGAGAUAUGUGAUUAUUUCUGAGAUUCCUGAAUUUGCAAAAAAAAAAAAAAAAAAAAAAGUCUGGUAAUCAAUUAAUCAAAAAGGUUGCAUGAAGUAUUCUAAUUGAAUUAUUAAUGAUUAAAGAAUUGCUGGAGGAGCUUAGAUUACAUAUCAAGUUAAGAGUGUUAUCUAUAAGUUGAGAAGAAUCCCUUGACUCCAGACACAGGAGGUAUGCCGAUAAGAUGACGUGUUAAAUACAGCUUCUGAUGCAUGUCCUUUGGAUUGGAGCAUAGUUCCUGGAGGACUGUGGGUUCCUGUCCCAUCUUUUCAGCAUCCCCACAAAUGGUGAUUAUGGGCAUGAAGUAACAUGGUACCAAACAAGACAUCAUCCAUCGAAGUACUCCCAUCACAGCGGUUUCACAUGGGCUAUUAACAAGCAUAUUGGACAAUUUUGUUUCCCAGCACUUUUGGCAUUUGACUACAAGCCAAACACUUUGGCAGCCGGUGACGGUGGAACUAAACUGUUUUAACCCUCUGCUAACCUUGAGGGAUGCAGAAGCAAAGACAGUUUGUCACACUACGUUCCUGGCCUCAUUUAGAAGAUAGAAUCAAUUCAAUUAUACUCUAAGCUGUUCUGCUCAAAGGCUGCAAAGAAAGAUUUUCCUACACAAUAAGGAACAAUCUCAGAACAACAUACACUUAUAGAAAACGGGCUAGUAAGAAUAGUGAAGGCUUUUAAGUUUGGCCCAUCUGAGUAGUUCUUUUAGGUAGGUAAUUGGUUCAAGUUUUGAGCUGGAAAUAUAUAUUACAGUACUCAAAUAAAGGGGCUGCACCCCACAUUUAGGUACUUAAAGCAGGGAGCCCAAGCCACCAGGGUAUAUAAGCGGCUAGGUAGCCCCUAGUAUCCAUUUGCCAUCUCUACAGUGAAUCUACUGCAGGCACAGAACUUUCUGCUUCAAUUCAAUGAGCCAAAGAGUACAGUGAUUCAUUAAGUACUGCUCAACAUUAUUAAAGGUCACGGCAGCACAUGGUUGUGUUCCCAAUCUACACAGAAAAGGUGGGAAAUAGGUACAGUAACCUGAACAAGAAGAGUAAAUCCAUCGCAUUCUUCUCUGCUUGCUUUGUCUUAGUGUCGCUGCAUUGUUUUUGCAGGAAGCAGCUAACUCCUGAUUUUACCUACAGUUUUUCGCAGCGGUUCUGUAUCAGACUUCUUUGGACACAUCCCCGUGCCUCUCAGGAAGCCAGACGUUCCUUUUUUAUUGUUAACCAUAUGUUUGCUUGUUCAGCCACCACCCGGCAAACCCUGGCUAAUUUACGCCCUCCUUCCUUUAGCUGAAUGGUGCCGAUUUGUUGGCAGACCCAUAGUAACACAUUGAAAAAUAAGAAUCUCAAACUGAAUAUCUUUUGAAGGUUGUUAAGAUCAUACAGUAUGUAGCACUUAUUUCAGAUUUUUUUUUAUGACAAAAACAAUGCCAAUAUUCAAGAAAGAACGUGAAUAAGGCCUAACGACCCAAGACAUAAAGAGCAAAAUCCAUUCCAUCCAUUUGAGAAGGAAUACAGGGGUAUCUUUCUGUUUCCACUGAAGUUGCAGAUACAGUAGCUUACAGUACAUUGCUGAUUUUACUUCUGUUGUUUUAGCUGGAGUUAUUUUGAAAAUUCCAUGAUAGUCAAAGGACUGACAUUAAAGCCCUUUUUGUUUAAUGAAAAGGAAUUCAUAAGUAUGUUUCCAGGCAGUUAGAGAAAAAAAGUUUCUGUACAGUAUUAAAACAUUUUAAAAUAGACAUUUCAGUAACUUACUGUAAAAAUGUGCAAUUAUGUUUUUUUCUGUAUAAAUUGAAUUGUUUACUUUUUGAUGUACUAAAAGCUUUAAAAUAACUGUACAUUUAUUGUAGAGUGUAUGUUUUAGAGACUAUUGGAGCAUGUAUAUUAUGUCAUAAAAUAGCACAACUGGAAUUCAAGAACAUUUCUGAAAAACCCAUUUAAAAGAUGAAUUAUUCAUUAUGCCCUUAACUAUAUUUUUUUAAGUAUUUAAUUCAUUACUAGACAGAGGUUCAAUUUGUCUCUCUUCAAGAACAAAUUUACUGUAAGUUUGUUACUGGAAAUUACAGCUUGUGUAACAGAAAAUAUCUGAAAACUAAUGUGAAAAAAUAUCUUUCUGGUCUAACGUUAUGAAACUACUAUUUGUAAUAAUAAGAAUUUAACAAAAGAAGUUCACCUAAGAAUACUUUAGGUAUGAAACUGAGAAGCUCACUAUGCAGCUGUGCCUGCUGCGCAUGCUUCCUGGGACCAGGGGGAAAAAGAUCCUUCAGCCAGUCCCUGUAACGUCCCACUCCCACCCCCAGUGCAAGCUCCUAAAGCCUAUAAAUGAAAAAUAAAUUGAAGUUUUGGAAAUACAAUGAAUAUUUUAUUUCAAUUCAAGCACAGAAGCGUGCUUGACUCUAUAUAGCUGCAUUCCUAUACACAUGAAAUCAUCUCCUUUAGGAAUUCUUGAAAAAAUACUUAUACAAAACAGAAGUGAAUGGCAGAACUUAAUUCUGCAUCCUUGCAGUGAGAGCAGGUUUCUAUGCUAAAUGACUAUAGCUUUCCAACGAUGUUUUAUAGUCUUACAAAAAAAUUCAGUAAUUCAGUACUGCAGCAUGGAUAGACUGUCAAUGGGUUGAAUCGCUAAAGACGAAGUUUUGCAUUUAGUUGAAAUUGUGUUUAAGAUGUGCUAGGAGUAUGAAUUUGCUGUCAGGAAGAAGAAGAUGAAAAAUAAUUGUGAAAAGCAAGUCUUAUAUUUAGAACCACAAAGAGAGAAAAAGAGAUUAUAAAGAAUACAGCCUCCCCUACUGGCAAUCUCAUGAAAUUUAGGGUCCAUCCGGUCACUUUUACCUUUAUAGGAUUGUAAGAUUUUGAAUGUUCUUUGGUGGAAGCAUUCUGGGACUAACAAAAAAAGACCUUCUUAUGCCUUCAUUUUAAUGUUUUUUUUUCUUUUUUCAAUUUUAUAAGGAAAACAUAAACUGUUGGCAACAAAGUGUGCAUAUUGGUGAAUUAUUUCCCUGAUUUCCUACAAUAUGCUCUCAGUGAAGUCAGGUUGUCAGAUUGUUUUGCUGAAUCUUGAUACUGUGUUUUAAUGUUCUUGUUGGCAUUUAAUAAAUA